AUGUCCAAACCAAAGAACAGGAACAGCUUGUUGUCUUCUCACAAUCGAACACUGUACUCAAACAGUUCUAAAGAUGAGAUAAUGACAAUGAAAUACCUGAUGAAACGACCAGAUAUACCAUUGUAUCCAUUGAACGAUACAGAUAUGGAACGUGAUGAUAAUAAGGAUGCAACUUCGUCAUCAUCUUUGGCCUAUCCAGACUAUAUGCCUUGGAAAGACCGUUGUAAUGCGUCCGAUUCAAAUGCUGUACAAGAGACCCAAAAAUUGGAUAAUGCAGUAUAUUUAAAUAAGGGAUACUUCGAGGCACCUAAAGUUUCAAAUGAAUACUACUCGGCAAAGAAUCUAGUUCAGGCAACAAUAUUUUCAUCGAGUGAAAGUUGUAGUAAUAUACUAAGAGAAUUUUCACAACACCUUGUGGGUGCUUAUGAGGCAAGGAAUGAACUUAUUAACAAGAUACACUCAGAACCCAGCAAUUUCAAAAUUCCACCGAGGGUUACUUUAACUGCUCUGAAAAAGGAAGCAUGGCUAAGAGAUUUAUCUGAUCCUUCUAUUCCACUCCUGAAGAUAUCAGGAAAAAUUCCGCACGGAAUAAGAAAUAAAGUCUUAAUAGAUGUCAUUUGCACCAAGAAGAUUCCUAUCACGAAAGCCAUAUGGUUUACUAAGUGUGUUUUAUUUAGCGAACUUCUCUCAGUGAGGCGAAAAGUCCAUUCGAAAUUGGCUUCAAAUAGUCCAGCACAAACACCUGUCGAAAUUGCAGUACCCGAUAAGAUUGAGGAGCAGUGCUGUAAAGAAUGGACACAGCAUCUUGUUGACUACAUUUAUAAAUUCUCAAGAGAUAUGAUUCAAAUAACAACGUCAGAAAAGAAGCAGCAAUAUAUGAGUAAAUUACAUCACUUGAUUUGCUAUAUCCAGACGCUUUAUGUUGAAUCGCUUAUUGAAAAAACCGUUUUCCUUUCUUCAAUCAUCCAUUUUUUGAAGGAUGGAUUACCUUUGGAACCACAUCAUAUGUAUGAAUUAAUGGUAUAUACACAGCUUGAUGCUGAUGACGACAAAAACAAUUCAUGGUCUAAGGACCUUGAAUUAAACAUGGGGCAGAUUUUAGUCACUAUCACUUUGUUUAAAUCUUUUUGGAAAGAUAUAUUGAAAGUAGAUUACUUGUGCAAAGAAGUCAAUGAAUGGUUACUACUUGUUCAUUUUUUUGUGAAAAAGAUUUCUUUAAUUAGCCCAAACUCGGGACUUAAUGGAGCUCAUCAAUUGCUGAAAGACUUAGUGAGAAAAGCGAUGGAUCAAAUAUCAAACAUGGUAACUUAUCUUUUCAAAUAUAACUCGAAUGUUUUUAUUAUUCCUACAUACUGGGUUUUGACCGGUGAUUCCUUGUACAACAUUUUAUUGGGGGAAAGAGAUAAAGAUAUUGACAUAAAAGAGAGGGAGGAUAUUCACAAGCAAUUAAAACUUAUAAAUUUCAGAAAUGAAAGUCUAAUUUUAAAUAUGAGAAAUUUUGGAGGGAUCUCGAAUCCUUCUAAUGUUUCUAAUACUCAAAAGCCUUCAAAAGAAGCCUUAGCUCCAAAUUCGAUAUCCCCAAUGUCGCAGGUUUUAGCAUCACCAACUUAUGCAACUUUUGCAAACGACACAUUAGAAGAAUACCUUUUCAUUACUCGAUCUCCUGAGGAUACCUUGCGUAUUGUUGAUCAAUUGGAUAGGCUUAGGUUGAGCAGCGACUUGGCUCACUUAGUGACCCCAAACUGUACCGAAUCUACAGAAAAAGUCUUUUCCUGGAAGACUACUCUAAAACUAAUGAUUUAUUGGGCUGUUUCAUCAUAUAGAGAGUCUGAAUAUUCUAGUGAAAUUGUGCUUAUAAUAUGCAAUUUUUUGAAAAGGAACGUUUUACAGAGCUUGAAGGCACGUAAUGCAUUUGAAUAUCACACGGAGUUUGAGAGUGAAAUUCUCGAGAUUAUUUAUAAUUUGGUGGAGAGUCAAGAGUUAGACGUCACAGAUUACAGUCUAUAUGUGUUGAUAAAUGAAUUGUAUCAACUUAAAAUAAUUACCAUCUCAUCAUAUUUAAGAAAAUUAAUUGCUUCUGGGGUUUUUUAUUCUGUUCCAGGGGAAGAAUUAUCUUACAACCAGCUGAUCAAUGUUCAUUUGAAUAUACUUCGAAAUCUACCCGUAUUGAACAAUAAGCAGUGUGAUAGUAUUUUGAAAAAGUGGACAACCGAUGGAUUUAACUUCAAAGAAAAGUUUGAAAGAGGUAAGACGAUCUUAAAGACUGAAUUGGUUCAAAAAGUUUUGGAUAGUUCAUUUGAUAAGGAUUUUAGAUCUAGAAUAUCGUAUUUCAGAACGCUAACGGUCGGAUUGAGAUUUCUACUUGUCAAUUGGGUCACUACUGAGCUUAAGACUUUAAUUAGUGAAUCUUCUGAGACCGUAGUAGUUAGUCCAAGAACUAUUUUAUGCCUUUACAAUUUUUAUUCUUCAUCAGAUAAUUUGACUGUUUUUUUCAAGGUUUUAAUGACUUUCAUUCUUCGGAAUGAAAAAAAGACGUUGAGCUAUGGUUCAGAUUCACUUCAUUUGGUUUCGCAGCUUAUCAUUAGACAUUUCAAGUUGGUUAAAUUCAUUGCAGGUGGCUCUCAUGAGUCAUCUUCUACACUUACUGAACUAUUUAAAUUAAUACUCAUGAGAUAUAAGGAACUCGAAUCUAUUGAGACAAGAGGUUCAGAUUUUGCUCAUAUCUGGAAGUUCAUGGACAAAACUUUGGAAAAAGGGGACUCACUAAAGGCUAAUGAUACAUCUGAAAGCGAUACAAAGCCAAGAGAGCUGCCAUUUAUCAAAGAACAAUUUGGAACACCUAUGAAAAUAAAUACUCAAGACAAUAGAGCAGAAGAAUACUACAGUUCUUUUGAUUUCAGAAAUGAUCUCGACCGCUUAUUGUCUGCUCCUUCUGUUUUUUUAGACUUUAAGGAAGCUAACACUAUGACUGGAAAUUUGUCAGCAAGCUUUGAAGCGACUUUACUAUUGGACCCUGCUACUGCUAUUGAUACUGUAAACGAAAUACUUAAUUGCUUUUCCGAGAGUGUAAGCAAGGGCUCCGAAACUGGGGAAGUGUAUGCAGCAAGGAUAUUGCUCAAUACGAAACAUCUUAUAGGUGUCAAGCAGUGGCAUUCUUAUCUUCUUAAGAUCCAAGAAUAUGUUAUAGCUGAGAUAGAUUCGGAUAAAACCGUAAAAGAGUUGUCAUUAGUUUUAAAAAAGCUCCUUUGCUUUGAAGUGUGUUCCAUGGCAGAGUUGAUUGAAUUGAUACCUAGCCAAAUGGAGAGGCCAAAGAAGCUGUCAUCAAUUGCACUUGAGCUUGUUUUUGGUAAUGAAGAGGAUGAGAUGGCAUUAUUUACAGACCAGCAACAAUUAACCUUAAAAUUAGGGAGGCAAUCAUAUAUCCUAAGACCAACUACUAAUAUCUUAUAUUUGGUUUUAAGUGAAUUUUGUUCUUCGCUGACGAGAGAUGAUUCUCCUCCUGUAAGUUAUUACAACGAUCGAAUAUUGCAAUUGUUACAACAUUUCCUACUUCAACACACCAAGCUCUUUAUGGACCAGCUUAAACAUAGAUUGAGGAAUGAGGAUAUAAAAAGGCUUUUAAAUGAGCUAGUUAAGAAUGGUUCGACUGAGGCAAAAUCAUGUCAAGAUUUAGCUAAUAAUGCUGCUUUGAUAAAUGAAUUCAAUUUGGCAGGAUAUCAAAUAUUACUUAGCGUAUGUCUUUCUCAAGAAUUUGGCUCUCCAGAAAUGCCAGCCGAGUUCUCAAGGUUCAAGGAAAUCGUUACAUCGAUGUUAGAUAACGUUAGGUUUCAUUUUAAUCCUUCGAGUUCAUUCUUUGGAGAGCUUUUUAAUUACUUGACGUGGAAUCAAAGAGUGAAUAUACUAGAAGUGUUGGAGACAAAAUUUCUUGUUGAAACAAAAAUAUCUGAAGGUAAUCCCUCGAAUCUCAUUAGAUUCACCAACCACAAUCUGACUAACUUAUUACCACCCUUCAAAGAUUAUUUCAAGAAAUUUUCAUCAUCGGCAAAUAAUAUUGUGGCGAGCUCUCCUCAAUUCUUCCAAAAUGUUUCUUCAUUCUUAAGGCAUCUUUUACUUGUCGUCAAUAUGAUCAUUCCUUUCGAACAAUUCACCAAUUUAUAUGAUACUAUAUCAAUAUUUUUACGAAUUAUUAUUAUUCACAAAUCAUCUUUGAUAACAGUGCUUCUUAAACAAGAAGAGGGAGAAGUGGAAUUUGUUACUAAGUUGGUAUCGCUUCUUAAUUCUGAAUUCGUAACUCAGAAUGAAAGGCUUAAGAUCUUGUUAUAUGACAUUCUAUUGCUAAUGAAAAGUUCUUUAACUCAAGAAGUAUCCAUUAAAACUGAAACUGAAGAAGAACUUACACAAUCCGUGCAGCUGAAUCGCCUUGUCACUCCAGAGGAUCAACAAAAAGAAUUGGAUGCUACUGCAUUUCCAAGUAGAACUACGUAUCCUACACAGAUCACUUCGGUGUUUAACCUACCUGAGCCCACCCAGGCGAAUCCCCUUAAAGAGUACAUCUAUGAAAAUGAUAUCCAAUGCUCGAUCAUGCUUGACCAGCAAGAACUUUCUUUAGGCGGGGAUGUAUCUGAGUUCAACAACAGCAGUCUCAGGCUCGUAUCCAACACCGACAACGAUAUUCCUACAGAUUUUGACCUCUUGGGCUCGUCAAAUGCUGCACCAAGGGUCCAAUCGCGUUCAAAGCUUUUCAAGCUUCGAAGUUUUGAAAUUUUAGAAGACUUUGGUCUGUCUCUUAACGAUAGCUGUGUAAACCUACUGUUCUUCGAUGCUUAUACUACUAGAGAGAAUCCACCAUAA